GGCUCCUCUCUUUAAGGGGCAGGCAGUCAUGCGGAUGGAAACAGGAGUGGGCAUCCGCUGCGCUGCACGAAGAAGAAACUUUGAGUAAAGAUGCACGAAGAGGAGGAUGGCAGCAAAGCAAAGUCCUGCAGAGCUUCUCGGAUUGUUGUCUCCAGAUCUGUGGAAGUGGCCGACAGCGACGCAGCGAAGGAGCAGGCCUCCAAACUGUGCGGAUACCUGAACAAACUGUCCGGCAAGGGGCCUCUGAGGGGGUACAAGCCGAGAUGGUUCGUGUACGAUCCGAGGAAAUGUUACUUGUAUUACUUCAAGACUCCCCAAGAUGCCUUGCCGCUCGGGCACAUCGAGAUCGGCGAUGCGAGCUUCAGCUACGAUGUGGAGGGGGAAGAGGGCCAGUUUGAGAUCCGCACCGCCGGGAAGGAGUUCCUGCUGAAGGCCCCCAGCAGGCAGGUGAUGUAUUUCUGGCUCCAGCAGUUACAGCAGAAGCGUUGGGAGUACAGCAACACACGAGUCUCCGGUCAGAGAGACAGCUGGAGCUCCCCGACUAUGGCCUACCCCCCCACCGGCCUCGUAGGCAAAGAAGAUGCGCUCGUCUUUGAGAAGCUAAGUGAAAGCAUGGAGAAGGUCCGCCACGACUUUGCUCUGGAGACAGAAACAGAUGGUGGAGGGAUGGUGGGGAUCCAGUCAGCCCGGGGGGGGCCUUCUGCCGGGUCGACAAACCCCCUCAACUUCUCCAUCAGAAACUUCGGUACAGAACUCAGGAACUCCAUGUCUUAUCUGCGGCCAGGCAGAGGAGGUGAGAGCAGACGCAGUAUGUUUUACACCAACAGCAACAGCAGUGCGGAGGAGUGGGAGCUCGUGGACACUCCAGCCAAGGACUUCGCCGAACAGAAACAUCCUCCAGACACUCACAGAAAUUCCUUUGGAUCAGCGUUUACAUUCGACUUUGUGCGCAACUCAGCGCGACCCAGGAAGCCUUUGCUCAGAGACAAGAUGGGCUCUGGGAGGUUCGGGCGCUCCGCAGAGACGCGCAGUGCAGAGAACUCCCCGGUGGAGUGUAACGGCAGCAAACCUUUUGAGAUGCAGCUUCGCCUCCAGAGCCAGCAGGAAGAGCUGAGCCGCAUGCAGCAGGAUCACGCCAAACUCAGAGAGGAGCUGGCCAGUCAGAAGGAGCUGGUGAGGCUCCUGCAGCAGACCCUGAGGACCUCGCAGUGCGACAGGCAGCCGGUUCACCGUCCAGCCCCGGCUCCAGAUCCAUCCGCAGCUUCAGACCAGAUUCAGGGUCCGGCCGUAACCCAGGAAGGGGUCGCCCAGGCGGAGGCCCUGCUUCAGGAGAAAGACGGACAGAUCCAGGCCCUGUGUGGCCACAUGGAGCGCCUCGCCUUAGAGAAGGAGAGUCUGCAACAAGAGCUGAAGGGCCUGAAGAUAAAGGUGGGGGAGAUAAACGACCAGCUGGGGAUGCUGAUGGAGACCAUCCAGGCCAAAGAUGAAGUCAUCAUCAAACUGUCGCAGGAGGGCUCCGAGCAGAGCGGCAACCCAGACAACGGUUCACCCCCUCCCUACAAAGAUCAGCAGGAGGUGGACAUCCUCAAGGACAGUCUUCAAGGCUACAAAACCCAGAACAAGUUCCUGAACAAAGAGAUCCUGGAGCUGACCGUGUUACGCAGGAAUGCAGAGAGCAGAGAAAAGACCUUAGAAGCAAAGUAUACGUCCCUGGAGGCCAAGCUGUGUCAGGUGGAGAGUAAGUAUCUGGUGCUGCUUCAAGAAGUGAAGAACCCGGUGUGUUCGUCUUCGGAGCAGAGCCCAGCCCGAGAAGUAAUCUCCAGAUUACUGGAGGACGCGCUGCAGGUAGAGAGCUCCGACCAGCAGGACCACCUCAUCUUCAAACCAAAUACUGUCAGUGAGUAUGACACGUUCGGCUUCAAAACCGUCCCUGAGGAGGAGGAAGAGGAGGAGAAGCUGGAUGCGAAGGUGAGAGCUCUGGAGCUGAAGUCCCUCUCCAUGACGGAUCAGGAGGUGUCCGUCGGGGUGAAGUGGGAGAACUAUCUGUCCAGCAUCAUGAACAGAGACAUGGUGCGCUCCCCUGAGCUCAAGGCCCUGUUUCGGAGCGGCGUUCCCCAUGAGCACCGCUCCAAGGUGUGGCGCUGGUGCGUUGCCUUCCAUGUCAAGAAGUUUAGGGACCACCUGCCGGCAGACUACUAUGAGACCCUACUGAACGUGGCCCGGGACAAGCCCAACCCGGCCUCCAAGCAGAUCGAGCUGGACUUACUGCGCACUUUGCCCAACAAUAAGCACUAUUCCUCCCCGAGUGCCGCCGGGAUCCAGAAACUCAGGAACGUCCUGAUGGCUUUCUCCUGGAGGAAUCCGGAUAUCGGCUACUGCCAGGGACUCAACAGGCUGGCAGCUAUUGCCCUGCUCUAUCUGGACCAAGAGGACGCCUUCUGGUGCCUUAUAGCCAUUGUGGAGGUCUUCAUGCCAAGAGACUAUUACACAAAGACUCUGCUUGGCUCACAGGUUGACCAGCGUGUGUUCAAGGAUCUGAUGUGUGAGAAGCUCCCCCGGCUUCAUGUCCACUUCGAGCAGCACAAGGUAGACUUCUCCCUCAUCACCUUCAACUGGUUCCUGGUGGUGUUUGUGGACAGUGUGGUGAGCGACAUCCUCUUCAAGAUCUGGGAUGCCUUUCUCUACGAAGGUCCAAAGAUCAUGUUUCGCUGCGCCCUCGCUCUCUUCAAGUACAAAGAGGAAGAGUUUUUGAAGCUAGAGGAUUCCACAGCUAUCUUCAAAUAUCUCAGACACUUCACACGCACAAUCCUGGAUUCAAGGAAGCUGAUGAACAUCGCUUUUGGGGACAUGAACCCGUUCCCCAUGCGGUCGAUCCAGAACCGCCGCUCCUUCCACCUGGAGAAGGUCCGUCUGGAGCUGACGGAGCUGGAGGCCAUCAGACAGACCUUCCUCCGGGAGAGAGAGACGACUCAGGACAGGCGGAGCUUCGUCAGCGACGAUGAGGAGGAUAACUGAGGUUAAGCCUGCUGCUGAAGUAUGAAGAGAUCAUGUCCAGAAGUCCCUGAUGUGUCGCAGUUGAAAAGAGAUGGUUCCUAAAGGAUUGUUGGAGUUGUUUUCCGAGACAGACCAAUCAACUUUUAUACAUUUUGAUUGAAACUGCAUCAAAAGGCCAAAACAUUACAAGCCGUAUGGGCUUUCUAUCAGUAUUCCUGCCAUUUAAAAAAAAAAAAAAAAAAAAGAAAAGAAAACGUUAUUAUUGUAUGCUUUAUCAUGUCUCUUCCACUUUCAAUGCCAAACUUUACUUUUGCCGUCCGAAUCAGUAUUUCUUUUUUCAACUUGGCUGUGAUCUUUUAAUCUUAGGCGAUUCUGUGCCUGUUGAAGGAUUGAUUGUAUUGUAAUUUUUCUUUUGUUUUACUUUUUGCUGUCUCUGCCCCAAUUCCUUUCACACAUAUCUUCAGAUUGUUCCCUUAACCCUAACCCUUAACCAUUCUUUUUAUAUUUUCCCAAUGCCACUCAACAACACACUUUUGUAUUUUAUCCCCGCCUAUCAAAUGCACUUAAAUCACUUAUGCUGAAAUUCAAAAUGCGCUGAAAAGUCUUGGAGCCUUAUGAUCACAAAGUCGUUCCACAUCGUGCACAUCGUUCCAGCCUCACAGGUGUUCGUAUUAAACAAGAAUACACACAAAGGUGUUUUCAAGAAUCCCAUGUAUUAAUUAUUAGUAAAACAGCAACAUUACGAGGAAGAAUUUUCCCAUUUUAUUAUCUCAGGAUUCAGAUUAAAUAACUUCCAAAUUGUGAGAUUAUUUUUGUUAUGUCAUUUCAAACUCAAGUUCCACUUAAUUACUCUAUGUUCCCAAAGACAUGUCUGGUAAACGAAUACUUAUUUACAUCUAAAUUUGCGCUUAAAAAAGUAACAGGCAGUGGAUUUGGUUAGCAGAAUAAUUGAAAAUAGCAUUGACUUCAAAAUACCAUGUCAGUGAAUCUAUAGAAAUUACCAGUCUGACCAUUUUAUUUUACGUAUUCUAAGAUAUGUGAAUUAGUGAUGUCUUAAUUUUUCUAAACAUAAAUUGGGUUUGUUAGGUGUUUAAAGCGUUCAAUUUCCCCUUAUUUUGCCAGAUGUACAUGCAUAAUGCUGUUAUUUCUCCUCUGAUGUAUUUGCAUCUCUUGUCCACAGUGUGGCAGUAUAACAUUGUGUCUCGCCUGUGUUUACAGUUGUUCACAGGUACCCUCCACACAGUAUGAUUUAUACAGUUUAUUAUACUGUUCUGAUAAAAUGGCUGUGUAGUCCAUCUGUCGGUAUGAUCGUGUGUGAAAAAUAGAAAUAUGAUUUGUAAUCUGAGGGAAGUGUUUCAGGAUAUUUCAAGACGUGUGUAGCAACAUCUUUCUUCCACAUCCAGGUACUUACAAAAGACAGUUGACUAUAGCACUGUGACCGUCUUCUCUUUUACGACAUUUCUUUGUUUUUUAUGUUUAACAGACCCGUUGGGGAAAACUGAUCUGCUUGCUUAGAAAGAAACCAUGUUUAUAUUUGGUAAAUCCACAGUGGAAAACUGUUGUUUGAAUGGGAAUCUUCAAGACAGGGAGACAUUAUAAUUACUUAGCCGCUUCUCUUGUAUGCUGAUAUAUUGUUUACAGUUACUGUUCUUUUUUUAUGUUACUUUUAAGCUGUUUACAGAUUUUUCCUUGCUGUACGUUAUAUAAUUGACUUCCCUUUCUCUGCUUCAGAUCAGCUACAGCAUCAUGUUACUUCUCUGUUAGACCACCUGAACUUGUUAACAGUUGUUAUAAUUGUAGUCGUUUAUAAUGAGGGAUACAGGAAUGUUGGAUGACCUGUUGAAGCAGAGAUGGAUUUUGUAUUUCUCCAUGAGAGCAGGUCUCUCUAGAGAUUCGACUUUGAUUGGUUUGAGAUAAAAGUUUUCUGGGGCCCAUUCAUUUUGUCAUACAGUACUUUUGCCCAUAUUUUAAAACAUAUCUGUUCUACGGCUGGUUCACAUUUAUCUUUUGUUUUCAUAUGGAAUAAGCUACAUUUAUUGUAUUACCCUUUCUUUCUUUUCUCUGUUGCCUUCUUUCCCAGCAAUGUAUUGCACAAGUAUAAUGAUAAGUUGACUUCAGAAUGAUAUGGGGUACUUCACUUCUUUAUAUGUAAACCUCUAUGGUAUCUUGUUCAUUGUUAAUCUGUAUCAAUUAAUCAUAAAAACUGCAAAGCUUUUAUGUUACAGCAUUAAGUAUACGCCACUGUAUGUUUUUGUAAUACCAGCUAAAAGACAAAUUCAAUAAACAAUGGCUGACUUGA